AUGGCAAGUCUCUUCGCCAACGCUGCCCGACGGCGUGUGCUCGCUGCGAGAGUGUUCAAACCGCGUUACCUGUCCUCUUCGCCGUGCAGGAGGGCACCAGACUCGGUAGAUGCCCCGCCCAAGCCUCCUCCCCCGAUCGACGACUCGACGUCUGCGCUCGACUACAAGAGCUCGCUGAGGCACCGCCCACCGCCGCUGCCCGCCAUGGACCUGCCGCGCUCGCGUACUGCCGAGGAGGCGGUCACGAACAUCCUGUAUAACACGCCGCCGCCGAGUCUGCAGCCGUUCAAAAAGCACGUUUUGAACUGUCUCGUGCAGAACGAGCCGGGGGUGUUAUCGCGCGUGUCGGGGAUCCUGGCUGGGCGCGGGUUCAACAUCGACUCCUUGGUCGUCUGCCGCACCGAGAUCCGCGACCUCAGUCGGAUGUGCAUCGUCCUGCGCGGCCAAGACGGCGUCGUAGAGCAAGCGCGGAGACAGCUAGAAGACCUGGUCCCCGUAUGGGCCGUCCUCGACUACACAGACACCCACUGCAUCGAGCGCGAGCUCGUCCUCGUAAAGGUGUCCAUCCUCGGGCCAGAAUACCUCGAAGACCAGCUGCGCGGCGGGCCGACGCACGAGCCGCAGCGCGGCGCGAAGCUCGAGCGCGAGCGCGCGCUCGCGCAGCACUUUGAGCACGCCGCGCAGCAGGCGAGCCCCGCGCCGCUCACGCCGACGCAGGCGCUGCGCCUCAAGAGCGACAACCUCCAGGCGGUCUCCGUGCUCUCCAGCCAGUUCGGCGGGCGCAUCGUCGACGUGAGCGAGCACGCGGUCAUCGUCGAGAUGUGCGGCAAGACGAAGCGCGUGGAGGCGUUCCUCGGGCUCCUCAAGCCGUUUGGCAUCAUCGAGGCGGCGCGCACGGGUCUGAUGGUCAUGCCGCGGACGCCGAUCGAGAGACCCGCGGAGGACGACGACGAUGCGGAGGAAGGCGCCGUCGACGCCAGCCUUCUUCCCCCCGGCUGA